AUGCCUCAUUCCAUCGCGGAAGUCCGGCCAGCCGAUGCCGAUGCCAAAACUUCAGCUUCUCAAAGCAACGACAAGGGCAUCGUCGAGCCGGCGAUCACUGAGGUCCUCCAAGAAGCACCGAAACGAACAUGGAAAUCUUAUUUGUGGGACACCUUCGACAAGUCUCCGGAGGAACGUCGAUUUCUCUUCAAGCUUGAUGCGGUCUUGAUGACAUUGGCAUCACUUGGUUACUUCAUUAAGUAUUUGGAUCAGGUCAACAUCAACAAUGCAUUUGUGUCUGGAAUGAAAGAGGAUCUCAGCCUGUAUGGGAAUGAGCUCAACUAUAUGCAAGUUUGUUGGACGGUUGGAUACGUGAUAGGAGAGAUUCCGAGCAACAUGCUUCUCACCCGGAUUCGCCCUCGAAUCUGGAUUCCAAUUUGCGAGGUUACCUGGUCGGUUCUCACUAUCUUACUCGCAAAAUGCCAGACUUCAACUCAGAUCUACGUCCUUCGCUUCUUCAUUGGCCUUGCAGAAUCCACCUUUUAUCCAGGGAUGCAAUACAUCAUUGGCUCCUGGUACCGUAAAGACGAAUUGGCCAAGCGUAGUUGCUUAUUCCAUGCAAUGGGAAACGUUGGGUCAAUGGUUUCCGGCUAUCUUAUGGCUGGUGCCCAUAAUCUUGACGGCGUGCAUGGCUAUCACGGCUGGCAGUGGCUGUUUAUCACCAACACUAUCGUGUCCCUCCCGAUAGCCAUUUCUGGAUUCUUUUUCCUGCCUGACUUACCAGAAAUCACGAAAGCCUGGUACUUUACCCCCGAUGAAAUCGUCCUAGCUCAAAAGCGUAUGCAGCUGGAAGGACGCGCCCAGAGGGCCCCUUAUACGAAGGCAAAGUUCGUCAAGAUCUUUUCCAGUUGGCAUAUCUGGACUCUGGUCAUUCUUUACAUUGUCUUCAACAAUGGCAACGGAGGAAACUCUCAGCCCGCGUUUCCCCUUUGGUUGAAGUCUGAGGGCUACAGUCUUCGCGAAGUCAAUAUCUAUCCCACGAUUACUGAGGUAGUCAGCAUUAUCACCACAUUGAUCUACGCAUGGACCUCAGACAGUCUGUUCCGAGGAGCUCGCUGGCCAGCUAUCGUCUUUUCAGGGCUGGUUAAAAUCAUCGCUUACGUUCCCUUGACAAUUUGGAACGUGCCCAACAGCCUCAAAUGGGCAUGCUUCAUUUUGUGUGGAUUUGGAGGAGGUAUCAGUGGCCUCACUUUCGCCUGGGCCCACGAAAUCUGCAGCGAUGAUAACGAGGAAAGGGCUUUGGUUACGGGGGCCAUGAACCAAAUGGCGUACGUCUUUCAGGCAUGGCUGCCAUUGGUGAUUUGGCAACAGGUUGAGGCCCCUGCAUACCCCAAAGGCUACCCGAGCAUGGUUGCCCUUUCAAUCGUUUUGAUCGGCAUUGCCUUUGUCAUUCGUUUCCUACACAAGCGGGAAAUUCGUCUCAAAGGUGCACUUGGGUCGAAUCCUGCUUGA